CGCUGCAUUGGUUCAGUACUGCGCUGAGUAGAGUUAUGGUCGCUCGAAGGAGUUUGCAGUCUUUAUGAAUAUUUUCGCAAAAUUUCCUAUGGCUUUCAAGGCUCUUCUGUUUUAACAUAUGCUAUAUAUGAAUCCACCCUGAAAUUAACCGGUGCAAAGGAAGAAUUUAGCACUUUUUGUCCAUGACGCAUUAACCGGUGAAGUGGGCUAUACUCCUGGCUAUGGCUGAUCAAUUUUUGGGCUGUUCGGUGUGAGCAUCGUGUGAUCUGCCCUGCGGUGGAUUGUCCAACAUCCAAGAUGUCCCAGUCAUCCACCGCUGAUGAGGGUACAACCUUUGAACACUUGUGGAGUACCCUUCUCUUUGUCUUGUUACAGUGAGCCAGACAGCACAUAUUUUGAGCUUCCUCAGGCAGGACACUCAGGGGACAGGGUGGCUUCCAGCAGCCUGCCCAGCAACCGCGCUGAAGUCUGCAUGGACGUCUACCACAUGAGAGACAUGAACGACAACGUCAUGUCUCAGUACAGCCUACUGAGCAGCAGUAUGGAACAAGGUUUGGGGAACAGACCAGCGUCUACCAGUCCCUACAGCUCAGAGACCACAUCCAACGUGCCAACGCCGUCACCCUACUCCCAGCCAAACUCGACCUUUGAGGCCAUGUCUCCAGCUCCGGCCAUCCCCUCCAACACCGACUACCCUGGGCCACACAACUUCGAGGUCACCUUCCAGCAGUCUAGCACCGCCAAGUCAGCCACAUGGACGUACUCUCCGUUGCUCAAAAAACUGUACUGUCAGAUCGCCAAGACCUGUCCGAUUCAGAUCAAACUGGCUUCCUCGCCCCCAAACGGUAGCGUCAUACGAGCCAUGCCCAUCUACAAGAAGGCUGAACACGUCACAGAGGUGGUCAAACGGUGUCCUAACCAUGAACUCGGACGGGACUUCAAUGAAAGUCAGACGGCUCCUGCCAGUCACUUGAUACGAGUGGAGGGCAAUAAUUUGAGUCAGUAUGUGGAUGACCCUGUGACAGGCCGACAGAGUGUUCUAGUUCCAUAUGAGUCUCCACAGGUGGGAACUGAGUUCACGACCAUUCUGUAUAAUUUCAUGUGCAACAGCAGUUGUGUCGGUGGAAUGAACCGCAGGCCUAUCCUCAUCAUCAUCACGCUGGAGACACGAGACGGACAGGUUCUCGGUAGGCGUUCAUUUGAGGGCCGGAUUUGUGCGUGUCCGGGUCGAGACCGCAAAGCAGAUGAGGAUCAUUUCAGGGAGCAACAGGCGCUAAAUGAGAGCGUGGCCAAAAAUGGAAAUGCCAAUAAACGAAAUUCUGUUUAUGAACUUACAGAUUUCAAACAGACUCCAGCCAAUAUUACAGGCCCUUCCAUCAACAUCAAGAAGAGGCGACAUGGAGAAGAAGAGAUGUAUUACAUACCAGUGCGUGGUCGGGAAAAUUUUGACAUCCUGAUGAAGAUAAAGGACAGUCUGGAACUUGUGGAGUUUGUACCACAGCAGUUAGUGGACUCAUACAGACAACAACAACAGCAGCUCCUACAGAGACAGAGUCACGUUGCCUCUCCGUCUCCAUAUGGCACACUCAAUAACAUGAAUAAGAUUCACGGGCCCAUCAGCAAGCUUCCCUCAGUGAAUCAGCUGGUGACACAACAGACUCAGCAGAGCGCAGGACCCUCUGCAUCCAUGUCACAUAUGGGUACAAACAUGCUGGGUGGACACCACAUGCAGUCUAACGGCGAUGUGAAUGGAGCUCACCCGUCACAGUCUAUAGUGUCCACCUCUCACUGUACCCCUCCCCCACCUUACAACCCCGACCCCAGCCUCGUCAGUUUCUUAACCAGCCUGGGCUGCCAAAACUGUAUCGACUACUUCACGUCACAGGGACUCCAGAGUGUCUACCAUCUUCAGACUCUUUCUAUGGAGGAUCUUGGGGCCCUGAAGAUUCCUGAGCAGUUCCGGCUGGCGAUCUGGAGGGGCCUGCAGGACAUGAAGCAGGGCCACGAUUACGGACAGCAGCUCAUUCGCUCCAGCAGUAACAUGGCCACGAUGGCCAUCGGCCCCGGAGGAGAGCUGCAGCGCCAGCGCGUCAUGGAGGCCGUGCACUUCCGAGUGCGUCACACCAUCACCAUCCCAAACCGCGGCCCGUCCACGGGAGGAGAGGAAUGGGCUGACUUUGGCUUUGACAUGCCCGACUGCAGGAUACACAAGCACUCCAUCAAGGAGGAGUUCGCAGAAAGCGACGUUCACUGAGAAGGACCGCUCAUUCAUUGUUUUCCAUUUCUAUAUUGUCCGUAUUGGGUUCUUAAAACUGCAAUGGACGGUUUUUAUUUUCAUAUAGCAGCACUUCCAUAUUUGACAACAAAUGAUUUAAGGCGUAGAAAUCUUUGUGCAAACAAUUCCCUUUUUAUGAGCUCCAGGAUUCAAACCAAUCAUUUUAUUUGAUUGUCAUUUGUGGCCUUAUGCUAAUAUUACAUCACACAAAAAAAUGAAUCGUUAACUAAAAUUAAUGACAUAUUUAGGACAUAGUCAAGAAUAACUCGCAAUUCUGACUUUAUAACUCACAAUUGAGAGUUUAUAUCACACAAUUCUGACUUUAUAACUCACAAUUGAGAGUUUAAAUCUCACAAUUGCGAGAAAAAAGUCAGAAUUGUAAGAUAAAAAGUUGCAAUUACCUUUUUUUAUUUUUUAUUUAGUGGCGGAAACAAGCUUCCAUACCUUAUUUAUUUUUGACUUGGUGUAAAUAAUAAUUGUGCAAUCGUGUAUGAUAUUGAAAAAAAAAAAAAAAGUGUGAAGUAAUAUCCGUAGAUAAAGUGGAUGCUUUGACCCACAAGAUCAUACUUUAUAUUUACUUAUUUCGAUAAACGCAGGUUUAUCAAAGCCAUAUGUGUACGGCUAGAUCAAAAGGCGUUGUGUAUUUGAAUUAUUCUCUUAUUACAAUAUGUCAUACCAUACCUAUUAUUUGUACGCAUGUCAUCAAAGUUUCACAGUGACAGUAAAGACAGCACCAUAAAUGUACACGUGAAUUUAUAGGUAACUGAAAGAAAAACAUCUUUUUUAAGACAUCUUUUACUGCUUUUGAAAUAGUACUUUAUUUUUAUUUUUUUAUGUAUUUGUUAAGUAUUAUGUUGUUGACAGAGAGACACUGGAUCAUUAUAAGGGUUUUUUAAUGCCUUUACAAUCAGACUUUUAAAGUUCACCUGUUUGUGGUAUUAGCCUUGCAGGACAAGGUUUUAUUUAUCAUGCUGUACUGUUGUAAUAUCUAUUUUUCCUUUAGCAGAUGGUCUUAUGUUAUUGUUUUAAUUGUCUCUAAUUUUAGGAUGUUUUUAAUAGUAAAAUUACAGCUCAUCCAAGGUAUUAAGGUGAAUCUUACAAAAAAAACAAACAAAAAAAACAAUUCCAGGUCACAUUUCAUCCCAGAAAGAUAAGAAAAAAAUAUACAUAAUAAAUUAAAAUUUUGAUAUUAGGGUCAUUGUAAUUCAUUUCAUGACAAAAUUCUCAUUAUAGUAAUGCAUUUUAUAAAUCAACAUAAAGCACAGCAAAUGCUGCCAUGAUGUAUAAAUACUGUACACAUAUAAAUAUAAAUAAAUAAAUAAUAAUAAUAAUAAUACAUAAAAAUAAAUAUUUUGUGCAUUAUGCCAAUAAUAAUUUUUGGGAUAAAUUUGCUAAAAAUGGUAAUUGCCUUAAAAAUUCUAAAAUUGGUCUUUAAUCAAAAUAUUUUAUUUUGUGGCUGAAAUAUGAGCUGGCAUCAUUUUUUGCGAGAUUCACCAGUCUAAGACAAAAGAACUAAAUCUUGUAUAUGUACUCUUUAAGACCCAGACUUUACUCUAAUAUCACUUACUACAACUAGUACUGUUAUUAUGAUAUGAUCCCAUCAAACCCCACUGCUCCUACUGUCUUGUUUAGGUGAAAACUAAAAUGGAAAAGUGUUUCAGGCAGAGCCGUCAUCAGAAGAGAACAUUGUCCUCUGUGGUUUAUAAGGAAUGUAUUUAUAUUUCUUACUCCUGUACAGUCUGUGUAUAAAACUGAACUAAGAGCUGUCUUCAACAUUAAUAAUUUGGUGGAUUGUAUGUAGUCAAAGGUACAUUUGUAACCUUUAUUCAACAUGCAAAUACAUUUGUAAAUAACUAGUGUUAACCAUAUUAUUCAUGUGAUGAUAACAGCACAUCUUAAAUUGGACGCUGCUAAAGGGUCCCAGGAGGAAAAAAUGAUGUUUUUAAAUUGGCUGUGAUGGUGAAAUGCCAUCAUAUAAAUCCAAGCACUUUAUGGCUUUAGGAUAUUGUAAACAAUGUUAUAUUUACAGUAAAUAUCAGUCAGUAUUAUGUCAUGCUGUGUCAUUUUGACAACUACAGAUUUUAGAAAUGUUUUUAAGAGUUAAUAUCUUGUGUUUUCAUUAAAGAGCUGUAAUGCUGUUUCUUUUUUUUUUAUAUCGCCACGUUUGAAUUAUGUAAAGUGAUUUCUUUUUCAAUAAAUACUAAAGUGUGCAAAAA